GCUAGCCAAGUCGAGCAACAUGACGAUGGAGUUCUUCGUUUCCUUUUGACGGCUAUCACUCGUCCUACCCGAGUUUGUGAUUAGAGUUCCACUUCAAUCCCAAUCAUGAAGCAUCGUCUCUCCUCUCUAGCCUCGCUCUCCCGCGUCUCGACGUACCCGCAUGCACUCCAUACCCCGAUAUUCCCCCGAACGAUUCCUCGAGCGACUACACAGAAUGGAGCGGCAUCAUGGCCAGGACAACUUCGAGGCUUCACGUACACAUCCCGUCUAGGCCUUAGACCUCAGCCCCCAAAGCCGGACUUCACCAGCUCCAAUGGUCGGCCCGCGUCAGACCUCAACAACAACAUCACAGAGGAAGAAAAGGCCGAUUUCGCGAAGAGACUCGACGAAGAUAAGGGGAAGCAGAUACGCACGCCAUGGCACAGAGAAGGGAGUGAUCAGCCGCCUGUUGCGCGGCAGAGGAGUGCUGGAGCAAUGACAAAGGGAAAACUCCUGACUACGCCCUCCCGUAUGCUCAAGCUCAUCCUUCCCCUCACCACAAAAGACAUGAACUCGGACCGGAAAGACAUUGAGCCGCUGGCCCUCCUUGUCCACCCUCAACAGCCUAUUUCCUAUCUUGAACGUCUCGUCCAGGCCGAACUGCCCUUCAUUACAGACAAGCAAGGCCGUGAGCGCCCGCCCAAUGUCCACUUCCUAGCUGAGGACUCUAUGCAAGACGAGGAGCGGCCAUCAAAGUCUGAAGAUGCAGAUGUCAGCGAGGAAGACUUUGAUCAAGUUGACAAGAUACGCAUCGAUGGCAAAACAGAAAGGACAGGCAAGAUCAAGAGCAGCGAAGACAACAAGACAACAGAACAAGCAGCAGCUCUCCGCGGCGGGCACGGUGAGGGAGGCGUGGAGUCCUACUCCGGCCUCGGACAAGAAGCAUCAUCAGACCAGAACGCAGAGCGCAAAUUCGUGCGCUGGUCCACAUCCACCGAGAUCGGCGACUUCAUCCGCGACGCUGCUCGCGGUCAAGAGUUCGCCAUUGAGAUUGAAGGCGCCCCAGAAGAGAUUCGCGUCGGUGUACCCAGCUUUAACGACCGAACCUACUACCUCCGCAUGCGGCUCCGCAAGACCUCCAAGAAGAUCAGCGAAAUGGCCUCCAUCAAGGAAGAAUGCGACCACCUCGCGCACAAAGCAGCGCAACGUGUCGCCCAAUCCGGGUUCCUAGGCGUGGUCGGUUGGUGGGGCGCCGUCUACUAUGCAACCUUCGAGACAGAAUUAGGCUGGGACGUCAUGGAGCCUGUAACCUACCUCGUCGGCCUCAGCACCCUGAUCUGCGGUUACGUCUGGUUCCUAUACCACAACCGCGAAGUCUCGUACCGCUCCGCCAUGAACUUCACCAUCUCGCGCCGCCAGCAGAAACUCUACGCCCAGCACAACUUCGACCUGCGCAAGUGGGAGCUCAACAUCGAGGACGGCAACGCGCUGCGCAAGGAGAUCAAGGCCGUCGCUAACGAGUACGACGUCGAGUGGGAUGAGAUGAAGGAGGAGGGCGAUGAGAAGGUGCAUGAGGCGCUUAGGAAGGAUCGGAAGAGGAAGGAGGGCAGCAAGGAUAAGGAUGAUGAUGAGCCCAGUGGGGGGAAGGAUCAGGUGCAUCAAAAAUAGAAGGUGGGGAGAGAAUAUGUGCGUGUUGAGCGUUGGAUACGUGUGGUGUGUUUUUUCUUGAGCGAGGCGUUUUGGAGGCAUUUUGAAGCGAUAUACAUUAUAGACACAUACAUGGGAGUAGGCAGUCUUUGGGAGGCAUGUUACAUUUGGUUCGUUGUUUUACGUUAUGUGACCGGAGAUUGUUACAACAUUAAUGUCGUUACACAAAUGCAUCGACAAGGUAAAACAACAGCAAUGGAAGUUGACCAACAUCGAAUAAAGCAACGAAACCACCAAUAAUCAAAGCAC